GCAGCUGGGACGGCGCGGGUGUGGACUCAGCCAGCGGCGCGGGGCUGCAGGGUGGCACCGGGAGACACAGGCGGCGGUGCCUGGCGAGAUCGGCCUCUGGGACACCCACGGCCUCCUUCCAGACUUUCUGGCCGGGCGGCUGGAUGCGAGGCCCCGCGGUCCCAGACUGCGGCCUGGGUGGUCCAGGUGUUCGGGGUGGUCCCGGGACCUGUUUCCUCCCUUCUCCUCCCCGCCCACCUCAGGAGCGGGCACCCUGCUGGCAGGAGACAUCUCUGGCCCCCUCUUUCUCCCGCGGUCUUCCUCAAGUCUUUCCAGGCCCGGCUUGGCCCCGCCCCACUCUGGCUUCCUGGACCAGGCCGGGCCCAGGAACCGGCUGCUGGGCAGUGCGGCCCGCGCCCGGAGGCCCGUGCAGCCGCCGCGGCAGAGCGCCCUGGCCCCAGUGCGCAGCAGGGAGCCAGCCUCGGGACUUCGGGCUGCGUGGCGAGACCAGAACCAGUUCCCUAGUUGGGUUCACUGCUCCAGUCCCUUCGGAGCCGCGAAGGGAACGGAGCAGCCGGAUGUGGCUGGGCCCACCCCGGGGCUCGGCUGUCUCCAGAUGUGGCGCAGGCCGCCCCACGCCGAGCGAGGACGGGAAGAGGGGGUUUCAGUGGAGUGGAGCAGGCCAAAGCUUGAUGCAAGUCUCCAUGUCAGAGAGAAUCGGGAGGAAAGGAACUGGGUUUGAAGUAGGUGGAAUGCUGGAUAUAAAUAGGAUGGUGGUUUGGCCAAGCCCCCAUGACUAAAGGAGAAAGGGCCAAAGACAUUGAGGAGUUUCAGCCGGGAAAGCCAGAAGGUGCCAGCAGCCACAGUGAAGAUUCUGCGGAACGACUCAGGGUCUUUGACCACUGGCUGGCACCCACGGUCCUCUGGAAACAAUCCGGCUUCCCUUUUGGCAGCCAGGGCUUGGCACGCUGUUGGAGCUCUCCUCAGCUUCCCCUGCAUCAGGCCUGUUUCAGACAGCACUUGCUCAUUUAGACGAACGGCUGCUGGCAUGCGCUCCCACUUAGCCAGCAGAGAUGUUAUUCCAGCAAUGUGGGGAGCAGGGGCAGAAGCGGCCCUCACCUCACAGACCCUCUGCCCAGCAGCCCACUGUUUCCAGACCAGCAUCCUGGGACACAGCCUGGGCGCAAUAAGGGCCAAGAUUCUGAGAGAAAAUGGAACCUCUGUAGCUCGUUUGGUGGCUGAUGAGGAAAGUUCAAGAAGCCUUGUUUGGCUUCUCCUUUGACCCCAGAACUGGCUGCGUCUUCCUGGCGAUGGAAGAUCUCCCUCUGUUGGCUCAGAGCUGAAGCUGCCCAGCUUCGUGCCAGGCUGGAGGUUAAACAGGUCUCAGGCACAUCUGUCUCCAGGAGGGAGAGUCUGUCACACAGGCCCGUGUGGCCCAGUCCACAAGGCCCUGCAGGCCUCUCUGUUACUUGCUGAGCUUGGAUUUUUCCAACUAUUUUUGCAAGGUGAAAUUUAAUUAAAAAGAGAAAGAGAGACUUGUCAGGAAAGCGGCAAGGGCUAGAAGACAGAGGUUCAGCUGACGCUGAUCCCUGGAACUGGCCUACUUUAUGAGAAAAGCUGGGCCAGUCCUGAGUGUGAUUUAUUUUCUACUUUCUGUUAGAAUUAGAAUCAAAUGGAUUGCUUUAAUAUUUUCAUCUCUCACAAAGAAAUGUAAUAAAUUGAAGAAGGCUACAUGCUGUUAAUGUGCAGGCCUAAGCUUUCUCACACACUCACCUUGAGGAAGACAUUGCUGAUUGCUUCCCCAAUAUCCUUCCCUUUUUCCUGCGUUACCAGAAAGAAUGAUGUGCUCAGGUGAAAAUACUCCUAUCCUCAGACUGUCCUCUACAUGGAAGCAGCUGUGUCACCCAGUUCUGGUCAGCAAUAUACCAACAAUCUGCAGAAUGGGCCUUCUUAUGAAAAUGGACACCUAGGAAUACGGGAAUUCUGUGCAGCCCUUUAUCUGCCUUUCUGGUUGGAGCGUGGACACGAUGGCUGGAAGCAGAGCAACCACCCUGCAACCACAAGGAGGACAGUUCCACACUAAACAUGAUGAAAUAAGCAGUUCAAAGGAGUGAGACUCCUUCCUUUACCUUGUCCAGUUGCAACAGUCCUUCACUAUCUGCCCCAAAAUUCCUUCUCACUGAGAAAAGUAA